AUGACACCAGGGGAAAUGGAGAUGGUGGAAGUGUUCACUUCAGAAGGCAAAGGCAGGGGGUUGAAAGCAGCCAAGGAAUUCUGGGCUGGGGAUGUCAUCUUCGCGGAGCCAGCCUACGCUGCGGUAGUUUUUGACAGCCUCACUCAUCUGGUCUGCCACACCUGCUUUAAAAGGCAGGAGAAGCUCCACCGCUGUGGUCAGUGUAAGUUUGCCCACUACUGUGAUCGAACCUGCCAGAAGGACGCCUGGCUGAACCACAAACAUGAAUGCUCUGCCAUCAAGGCGCAUGGGAAAGCGCCCAACGAAAACAUCAGGCUGGCAGCCCGCAUCAUGUGGAGGAUAGAGCGAGAGGGAGGUGGCCUUACGGAGGGCUGCCUGGUCUCCAUCGAUGACUUGCAGAACCACGUGGAGAACUUCGGAGAAGAGGAGAAGAAAGAGCUGAGAGCCGACGUGGAGAGUUUCCUCAACUUCUGGCCCCCCCAGAGCCAGCAGUUUGGCAUGCAGUACAUCUCUCAUAUAUUCGGAGUGAUAAACUGUAAUGGCUUCACCCUGAGUGACCAAAGGGGACUGCAGGCUGUCGGCGUGGGCGUCUUCCCCAAUCUCUGCCUGGUGAACCAUGACUGCUGGCCUGACUGCACCGUCAUAUUCAACAACGGCAAUCAUGAGGCUGUAAGAUCAAUGUUCCACACACAGAUGAGAAUCGAGCUGCGUGCGCUGGGUAAGAUCUCACCUGGGGAAGAGCUGACUGUCUCCUAUGUCGAUUUCCUCAAUGUCAGCGAAGAGCGGAGGCAGCAGCUGCAGAAGCAGUACUAUUUUGACUGCACGUGUGAGCACUGCCAGAAAGGGAUCAAAGAUGAUCUGAUGCUGGCUGUAAAAGAAGGUGAAAACAAGCCCUCCCAAGACGUAGUGAAGGAAGUUCUCCAGUUCUCCAAGGACACCCUGGAGAAGAUCAACAAGGCCCGCUCCGAGGGGGUCUACCAUGAAGUUGUGAAGCUCUGUCGUGAGUGUCUGAAGAAACAAGAGCCCGUACUGGGAGACACUAACAUCUACCUGCUGAGAAUCCUGAGCAUCGCUUCGGAAGUGCUCUCCUACCUCCAGAUGUUCGAGGAAGCAUCAAGCUAUGCAAAGAGGAUGGUUGAUGGUUACAUGAAAAUAUACCAUCCCAACAAUGCGCAGUUAGGGAUGGCAGUGAUGCGGGCAGGGGUGACCCACUGGCAUGCCAGUCUCAUUGAAUCAGGGCAUGGCAUGAUCUGCAAAGCCUAUGCUAUUCUUCUGGUGACCCAUGGACCUACCCACCCAAUCACCAAAGACCUGGAGGUCAUGCGUGUCCAGUCAGAAAUGGAGCUGCGCAUGUUCCAACAGAAUGAGUUCAUGUAUUACAAAAUGAGAGAAGCAGCCCUGAAGAACCAGAAGAUCCAAGUUAUGGCUGAGCCCACCAAUGAAGUGCCAUCAGGCCUCUUCCACACAAAGAAGUAA